GCUGCCUCUGCCUCUGGAGCCCCCUCCCGGCCCUCCUCCUCCCCUGCCUGGCGGCUGGUCCAGCUGUGUUCCAUUAGCGGCCCUGGCAGGCCCCCAGCCCCCUGGAUCCACCCCUCUUCCCCCACCCGGAGUGGCCGGCAGUCCUGGCAGGCGUGCGCCGGGCAGCACUCAGCCGGGAGAGAUCCAGAGCCAGGAAGCUGGGGACCAGUGGCCGGCAGCGAGAGAUGGAGGACCCCCAGAGGGCCUGAGGAACCCUAGCCCUGCUUCCCCUGGAUGGCUGCUGGGGCUUCCCGGAUCGCUCAGUGAGUUGAGGGGAUCCCAGGCCACCGGUGCUGUGGCUGUAGCUGACCUCUUUGGACCAGGAUGUGGGUAUCUUGGGCUCCUGGCCUGUGGCUGCUCGGUCUCUGGGCUACCUUCAGCCAUGGGGCAAAUGCAGGUGAGCAGUGCCCACUUUCUCAGCAGGAAGGACUCAAGCUGGAACACAGUAGCGGUUUAUCAGCCAAUGUGACUGGCUUCAACCUCAUCCGCAGACUCAGCCUCUUGAAGACAUCUGCCAUCAAGAAGAUCCGCAACCCCAAGGGGCCACUCAUCCUGCGGCUGGGGGCCGCCCCGCUGACGCAGCCCACGAGACGAGUGUUCCCUCGGGGCCUCCCUGAGGAGUUUGCCUUGGUGCUCACCCUGCUGCUGAAGAAACACACCCACCAGAACACGUGGUAUCUCUUUCAAGUGACCGAUGGCGAUGGGUAUCCACAGAUUUCCCUGGAAGUCAACAGCCAUGAGCGGAGCCUGGAGCUCCGGGCCCGGGGCGAGGAUGGCGACUUCGUGUCCUGCAUCUUCCCGGUGCCCCAGCUCUUCGACCUGCGUUGGCACAAGCUGAUGCUGAGCGUGGCCGGACGUGUGGCCUCUGUGCACGUGGACUGCAUCUCAGCCUCAUCCCAGCCUCUGGGGCCCCGGCGACCUACAAAGCCCGUGGGCCACGUAUUUCUGGGCUUGGAUGCUGAGCAGGGCAAGCCUGUCUCGUUUGACCUUCAGCAGGCGCACAUCUACUGUGACCCGGAGCUCGUGCUGGAAGAGGGCUGCUGUGAGAUUUUACCCGGAGGGUGCCCCCCAGAGACCUCCAAGGCCCGCCGGGACACCCAGAACAAUGAGCUCAUCGAGAUCAAUCCACAAACUGAGGGCAAGGUCUACACCCGCUGCUUCUGCCUGGAAGAGCCUCAAAACAGCAAGGUGGAUGCCCAGCUGACGAGAAGAACCAGCCAGAAGGCAGAAAGGGGAGCGAAGGCCCCUCGGGAGGCGGCAGGCGAUGAGUGCCCACCCUGUGUUCCUGGUGCCCAGGAGAGCAAUGUCACACUCGGUCCCUCUGGCCCCAAGGGAGGGAAAGGUGAGCAGGGACCGCCUGGUCCGUCAGGCCCCAAGGGAGAGAAGGGAGCACGGGGCAAUGACUGUGUUCGAAUCUCCCCGGAUGCCCCGCUUCAGUGUGCAGAGGGCCCGAAGGGAGAAAAGGGGGAGUCGGGAGCUUUGGGACCCUCAGGACUCCCAGGCUCCACAGGCCAGAAGGGCCAGAAAGGCGAGAAGGGCGACGGAGGCUUGAAGGGCCUGCCGGGAAAGCCAGGCCGAGACGGCCGGCCAGGAGAGAUCUGUGUCAUCGGGCCCAAAGGGCAGAAGGGAGAUCCUGGCUUCGUUGGGCCUGAGGGGCUGGCAGGAGAGCCCGGGCCCCCUGGCCUCCCGGGGCCCCCUGGGAUAGGACUGCCUGGGACCCCGGGGGAUCCAGGUGGCCCACCAGGCCCUAAGGGCGACAAGGGCAGCUCCGGGAUUCCAGGAAAGGAAGGCCCUGGUGGGAAACCCGGGAAGCCGGGGGCGAAGGGAGAGAAGGGUGACCCCUGUGAAGUGUGUCCAACACUGCCUGAAGGCUUCCAGAACAUUGUGGGGCUCCCCGGAAGGCCAGGACCCAAAGGGGAACCAGGUGAUCCUGCACCAGCCAGGGAGCACCUGGGAACUGUCGGACAAAAAGGUGACCGGGGAAUCCAAGGCAUCCAAGGCAUCAAAGGAGAGAAGGGGGAGCCCUGCUCGUCUUGCGACAUUGUUGCAGGGGCCCUGCAUCUCAGGCCCUCUGCAGGGGCCAGCGGAGAGGUGGGCUCUCCAGGCUUUGGUUUGCCUGGCCUCCCGGGGAAACCUGGGGCUCCGGGGCCAACAGGGCUGAAAGGAGAGAAGGGUAAUUUGGGGCCGGCAGGGACAGCUGGUGGUCCGGGACCACCAGGGCCAGCGGGACCAGCAGGCGUCAAAGGGGCGAAGGGGGAGCCCUGUGAGCCAUGCGCAGCCCUGUCCAGCCCUCAGGAUGGGGACGUCCGCGUGGUGGCCUUGCCUGGCCCGGCAGGAGAGAAGGGGGAGCCUGGGGCUCCGGGCUUCGGCCUGCCAGGAAAACAGGGCAAGGCUGGAGAGCGCGGGCUGAAGGGGCAGAAGGGUGAUGCUGGGAAUCCUGGAGACCCUGGAACCCCAGGCACUAUGGGGCAGCCGGGACUGUCGGGAGAGCCUGGAGUUCGGGGCCCUGUGGGACCAAAAGGAGAAAAGGGCGAUGGCUGCACUGCCUGCCCCAGCCUGCAGGGGGCACAGACCAACAUGGCAGGACUGCCUGGGAAGCCCGGCCCCAAAGGAGAUCAGGGCCCAGAAGGCGUGGGCCGACCUGGUAAACCCGGCCAGCCUGGUCUCCCGGGAGUUCAAGGGCCCCCAGGACUGAAGGGCAUACAGGGAGAGCCAGGGCCUCCAGGAAGGGGAGCUCAGGGGCCCCAGGGGGAGCCUGGAGCCCAGGGUUUGCCUGGCAUUCAGGGACUUCCUGGACCUCGGGGACCACCUGGCCCCACUGGAGAGAAGGGUGCCCAGGGAUCUCCAGGGGUGAAAGGAGCCAUGGGACCUGUGGGGCCUCCUGGUGCCGGUGUCUCUGGGCCUCCGGGCCGUGAUGGGCAGCAAGGACAGAGCGGACUUCCAGGAGCCAGAGGGAUGCCAGGUGAAAAGGGAUCGCAAGGGGAAAAGGGCGAGCCCGGGGAGUGCUCCUGCCCCUCUCGAGGAGAUCCUGUGUUCUCUGGCAUGCCGGGUGCUCCGGGACUGUGGAUGGGCAACUCCUGGCAGCCGGGCCCGCAGGGUCCCCCAGGUGUUCCUGGACCACCAGGCCCCCCCGGAGUACCUGGGCUGCAGGGAGUGCCUGGAAACAACGGUCUGCCAGGACAGCCUGGGCUGACUGCAGAGCUGGGCUCCUUACCGAUUGAACAGCACCUCCUUAAGAGCAUCUGUGGGGACUGUGCCCAGGGGCAGUUGACCCACCCAGCGUCCCUCCUGCAGAAAGGCGAAAAGGGGGACCAGGGCAUCCCCGGUGUGCCAGGCCUCGACAGCUGUGCCGGGUGCUUCUCAGAGCGGGAGCGCCCGAGAGCCGAGGAGGCCCGGGGAGACAACAUCAACGGAGAUGCCGACUGUCCUGGGAGCCCCGGCCUGCCUGGUCCUCCGGGACUGCCAGGCCAGAGAGGAGAAGAGGGUCCGCCCGGCAUGAGGGGCUCUCCGGGUCCUCCCGGCCCUAUUGGCCCCCCAGGUUUUCCUGGUGCUGUUGGCUCCCCCGGAUUGCCUGGCCUGCAAGGAGAGCGAGGCCCCACGGGCCUGACGGGAGACAAGGGGGAACCGGGUCCUCCAGGGCAACCUGGUUACCCAGGUGCCAUGGGCCCCCCAGGACUGCCUGGCAUCAAGGGGGAGCGCGGCUACUCGGGGCCAGCAGGAGAGAAGGGGGAAUCGGGCCCCCCAGGAUCCGAAGGCCUCCCAGGUCCCACCGGCCCAGCGGGUCCCCGAGGAGAGCGAGGACCCCAAGGGAACUCGGGUGAGAAGGGUGACCAGGGAUUUCAAGGCCAGCCAGGCUUUCCAGGCCCGCCGGGUCCCCCCGGAUUCCCAGGCAAAGCUGGAGCACCUGGCCCACCUGGCCCCCAAGCAGAGAAGGGCAGCGAAGGGAUGCGAGGCCCGGCAGGCAUGCCUGGUUCCCCUGGGCCACCAGGACCUCCUGGGAUUCAGGGCCCGGCCGGGCUGGACGGUCUGGAUGGGAAGGACGGCAAGCCCGGCCUGCGGGGGGACCCUGGCCCUGCUGGCCCCCCUGGACUCAUGGGACCCCCGGGCUUUAAGGGGAAAACAGGACAUCCUGGCCUCCCAGGACCUAAGGGUGACUGUGGCAAACCAGGUCCCCCUGGCAGCAGUGGCCGGCCCGGAGCGGAGGGUGAGCCUGGUGCCAUGGGACCCCAGGGAAGACCCGGCCCUCCCGGCCAUGUUGGGCCACCGGGGCCUCCAGGCCAGCCAGGACCAGCUGGGAUCUCUGCCAUGGGCCUGAAAGGAGACCGAGGAGCCACUGGAGAAAGGGGCCUUGCAGGCCUCCCAGGCCAGCCUGGCCCUCCUGGACACCCUGGCCCCCCGGGGGAGCCUGGUGCAGAUGGCGCGGUCGGCAAAGAGGGACCCCCUGGGAAACAGGGACUCUACGGGCCUCCUGGCCUCAAGGGGGAUCCGGGAUCUCCGGGACAGAAGGGCCAGGCAGGAGAGAAGGGGAGAUCCGGCAUGCCUGGCGGGCCUGGCAAGAGUGGCUCUAUGGGGCCUGUUGGGCCACCGGGUCCUGCAGGAGAGAGAGGCCACCCUGGAUCUCCGGGCCCCGCGGGGAGCCCUGGAUUGCCUGGUGUUCCUGGCUCCAUGGGAGACAUGGUGAAUUAUGAUGAAAUCAAGAGGUUCAUCAGACAAGAGAUCAUUAAAAUGUUUGAUGAGAGGAUGGCCUACUACACCUCCAGGAUGCAGUUCCCCAUGGAAAUGGCGGCAGCUCCAGGACGACCAGGGCCUCCAGGGAAGGAUGGUGCUCCGGGCCGGCCGGGCGCUCCGGGGUCCCCUGGGCUCCCUGGUCAGAUUGGCAGAGAAGGACGGCAGGGCUUGCCAGGAAUGAGAGGAUUGCCUGGCACUAAAGGUGAAAAGGGAGACAUUGGCGUUGGCAUUGCAGGAGAAAAUGGUCUUCCCGGCCCUCCAGGUCCUCAAGGCCCUCCAGGGUAUGGCAAGAUGGGAGCAACAGGACCCAUGGGCCAGCAGGGCAUCCCUGGCAUCCCUGGUCCCCCGGGCCCCAUGGGCCAGCCGGGCAAGGCUGGCCACUGUACCCCCUCGGACUGCUUCGGGGCCAUGCCCAUGGAGCAGCAGUACCCGCCCAUGAAAAACAUGAAGGGGCCUUUCGGCUGAAAUCCCCACCUGCCACCGGAUGAAGGACUCCAUUGGGAAUAAAUGGCCAAAGCUUACAGGACUCUGUGACGGGUUGUGAAUGUUUUUGUUGUUUUUAAUUGCUGUUAAUAUUUUUUAAAUAAUAAAAUAAAGAAACAAAACU